AUGUCAGGCUGCAGUAAGUAUGUCUAAUAAGACGGUUUUAAAUUGCAGGAUAUGUGAACGACAUAAAUAUUGAAAUAAACCCUCGUUUUUUGCCGGUUCCUUCUAUUCACAUUCCGGAACAUCACAUACCCGACUUACAGAAUUUUAACGUAAGGUUGUGCCACAGUUUGUUAUAAUGUCUUCAGUAUGAUUUUAAAAAGGAUAGAGAAUUUUUAUCUCCAACACCGACCAAAGAAAUUACUCCGAAAUUAGAAGACGGGUAUAAGGGGAAGGUGCGAGAAGAAACACCAAGUCCAAUACCGAUUGCUCAACCUCAUCCUUUACCCUUGGACCGAACUUCUAGCUUAGUAGAGGUCACAAAACCUGGACAAAGUACUCAUUUGGAGGAGUUUGAAGGUCGGCACAAUGUGUUCGAUCAGAUGGAGCUGAUGAGUAUCGACGAGAAAGCUGCCCUGGCCGAACUUCUAGGAUCGCCUCGGACUGUAUAA